ACGCCUUGACACACAUACAUAUAUACACACUUGUGCCGCCUUGUAAAAAAGAGGUUAAACUUUAAACUCAUCUAAAUUGCUUCUCACAAGCUGCAUCAAUCCACUUGCAAAUUUUGACAUUUAUUCGCAGGAUAUAUUCAAAUGAAUAGAAACUGAACCCAGCAUAAAGUCUGUAGAAUGUCAGAUAACGCGAGUGGUUCAAUGGUUGAAGAUAAAGAAGGAGCAGGUGCAUCGAUGAGUCAAUAUUACGAAAACUACAUACUAGUAGAUGUGGGUGCAAAUUUGACGAACAAGAAGUACAGUCGUGAUUUGGACAGUGUCGUACAGAGAGCAAAGGAUGCUGGUGUGCAAAAAAUAAUGGUAACAGGUGCGAGUAUUCGUUCAAGCAAAGAAGCGCUGCGUUUAACAAGAAUAUAUCCGGGAACCUUGUACUCAACGGCUGGAGUACAUCCGCAUGAUGCAAAAUCUUGGGAGGACGAUGAGACAUUGAGUGAGCUCGAGAGUAUAGCUGCGAAUCCUGAGUGUGUAGCAAUUGGAGAAUGUGGAUUGGAUUACAAUCGCGAUUUCUCUGAUCCAGAAACUCAACGCUUAGUUUUUCACAAGCAAAUAGAAUUAGCUUGUCGAUUGAACAAGCCUCUGAUUGUCCACGAAAGAGGAGCACAGAGCGAUGUCCUUGAAGUACUUGGACAAUAUGGGAACUUACCACCGGUAAUGAUUCAUUCUUUCAUUGGUAUGGCUGAGGAAGCACAGAGAUAUCUCGAUCAAGGUUUUUAUCUUGGAAUAACGGGCUACCUUUGCAAGGACAAAUCUGACAGUGGAGUAAGACAAAUUCUAGAAGGUGGUCAAGCACCUUUGGAUCGAAUAUUGGUGGAAACGGAUGCUCCCUUCAUGUACCCUAACACAAGAGCUUCUAAAUUACCUCCGCACGUGAAAGAUUCGUUGACCGAAAGGUCCAUGACAUUCCUACAUCGUUAUUGUACUUUUCAGCGCAAUGAACCGUGUGCUUUACCAGCGGUGGUAGAAAUGGUUGCUGCCUUUAUGCAUAAAAAGCCUGAAGAAGUAGCUCUCGCCACUGCCUUCAAUGCUCUCAAACUCUUUGGCCUAAAUCAAUGAUGCCAUCAUUUUUCCAUUCUUUUUUUUUUUUCAUUCAACAAUUAUCCUAAGCCCGACUCGUCGUUUUUAUUUCGUUUCCGAAAUGGUGCUCUGGUUGGUGCUCCAACAGGAUUUUACACGGUCGUAUGUUUCCUCUAUGCAGCUUUAUAUUUUAUACUGUAUUCUCAUAUAUGUGAGAAUUUAGUUGCGAUUUUAAUUUUUUAACUCAGCCAUAUAUUGCCACGCAAAUAUAUUUCUUCGAACGUAUCCGUUUCGAAAAUCCACGGUCUCCUCUGGUAAUUUCAAUUUUCAUAAAUUUUUCGGUCUAUCCUGGACUCGAAAUAGUUCAUGCAUCAUAACUUAUUUUGUUAACGGGAGAUUCACUCGCGAACGUUUCAUCAUGGGGAAUUUGUGUACGCGUAUCUCUCAUUUUUCUUGCUAAGAGGAACGAUGAAAAUUCAUUUUGUUUUAUACGCAGACGGAAUAAAGAGGAAGUUGCAUCAAAUUGAUCACACUGUAGUAAUUAAUUAAUGAAGGAGUGAAACAUUUUCGAUUAUUUUUGUUGUUCCUUUAUACAUGAAAUUUUUUAAAUAUUCACUUGAGAAAUGCGACGGCGUACGAAUCACUCGAAGAAAGCAUCACAUUUUUUAUUGUGAAAUAGCAAUGUAUUCAUUUAUCAUAAGCGUAGAAGUUUCAGGUCAAUUAUCGAAAAGUCAUGAGAUUCUCGAAAUUUUGAAAUUUCUUUUUUCCUGUGAUCGAUCCCGAAAAGACGAAUUUUGUAAUUUGAGCCGUGCAUGAGAAUCGAGCGAUAAUUCCGUAGAUUAAUACCAUGACGCCUGGUUAUACAAUCUUUACGAGUUUGACGCAUCGUUUUUAUUUUAUUUUUCAACGUAUUGUACUGAGAACGAAAGAAUAGGUUAAUUUACGAUACUCAAUCAAUUCUUCAUACGCUUAAAAGUGAUGCUUUAGCAGAAAUUGGAACUUGUUUUGACUUUGAAAAGUUCAAUCUCAGUUUCAUUUUGAAAUCAUUUUCUUCGUAAUCAAUUAUAUCGAAAAAAAUGUACUUUCAAAUAUAUUUUUCAUGACAAAUAAUUGGAAAAUUUUACGAAAUUAACAUGAGUUUGCCCAUUUUUCAUAAGUUAUUUAAAUACACUGAAAUUUGUGGUGACUGAUGUCAUAUUGUAAAUAACGCCGAUGACUUUAUUUUAUAAAAUAAUAACGAAUGGUUCAUGAAGGUUUCGAUGAGUCCCUGCACAUCAGAGAUAAAUAAGUGGCUUGGAAAAAUAAAUCUACAUAAAAUAUAUAUAUAUAUAUAUAUAUAUACAUAGAUGCAUACUUAAUGUUAAUUGCAAUUGGAGCAAUGAUACAAUGACUAUAUUUUAUUGUUGAUACAUUACCUAUUUUCUUAUAAUAAACUGUUGAAUAAGA